ACAAUGGCCAGACUAGGCCUUUCUUUGCUGCUCAAGCUUUUAUGCAGUCUCCUUUUCAUAUCAACCAUGGCAAAACCAGCCUUUGCAAGACGUUCCCGAUCAAGGGCCUACAUCGAGGCCUCGUGCCGCACCACCCGGUACCCUGCUCUCUGUACCAAGUACCUCUCUAGCUAUGCCAACACCACUAGCAUACAAAGUCCAGAGCAAUUGGCACGCCUUGCCUUGUCUGUGAGCAUUUACCGUGCUUUGUACACAAGGAAAUACAUGUUAAAAGUGGCUAAGGAACUUGAGACAAGCAAGAUCAGGGGGUACCAAGUUGUGAAAGAUUGCCUGGCUGAAAUCAAUGAUAGUAUAGAGCAACUUGGCCACUCUAUUAAAGAACUUCGUCACCUGGGACUUGAACCUGUCGGAGAUGACUUCUUUUGGCACAUUAAUAAUGUGGAGACAUGGGUCAGUGCUGCCUUGACCGAUGUAAGCACUUGUUUGGACGAGUUUCCUGUGCGCAAGAUGGGUAAGUUGAAGGCCACGAUUAAGGGAAAGGUUCUGAAUGUGGCGCAAGCCACUACCAAUGCACUAACCUUAUUUCACCGAUAUGCUGCCAAGUAUAGAGCAGCUCGUGCCACCAAGAAACCCUAA